AUGGCUACUACAACGACUGCAGUACCACCUUCCAUUCUUAAACCAUCAGCUAGUUCACUAGGUUCUUCCAAAUGGUCAAAUGAUCCUUCUGCUAUUGACAAAUAUAAUUGGUUAUUACAUGUUAUGUAUGGUCGUGGUGAAUAUGAUCGUAUUCAACAAUUUAUUCGUAUUCAACAUCAGAAAAAUGCUUAUAUGACUUAUAUUCAAGCACUUGUCCAUCGACAAGAAGGACGUAUUGUUGAAGCACUUGAUCUAUUUCAAACAUGUGUUGUUGAAAAUCCAUCUUUAAUUAAUAUAAAACAAGUUGCAAAAUCUUUAGCAUUACUUGGUCGUUAUCGUGUUGCUAUUGAUGCAUAUAAAGAAGCUUUAACAAGAGCAAAUAAUGAUUGGGAAAUAUUUCAUAAUUUAGGUUUAUGUUAUACGCAAUUACGUGAAUUUACAGAAGCAAAACAAUAUUUAUUACAAGCAUUACAAGUUUCAGAAAUUCAAGAAGCAUCUUAUUUAGCAUUGGGAAAAAUUUAUAUGUUAGAAGGUGAACGAGGUGAAGCUGAAGCCAUAUUUGAACGAGGUGCUAGACGUAAUCCAGAAUCACCAACACUUUUUACUCAACUUGGUCUUUUAGCUUUUGAAAGAGCUCAUUAUACAAAAGCAUUUGAAUGUUUUGGUACGGCAUUAACAUUUUGUCCAACACAUACACCUGCUAUAAUGGCAGCAUGUCAAGUUAUACAAAAACAUGGUGAUGCUGAUGUUGCUUUAUCAAAAUAUCGUAUUGUCUAUGGACGAAAACCUGAAUGUGCACAAGUAUGGAAUAAUAUUGGCAUGUGUUUUUUUUCGAAAAAAAAAUUUGUUGCUGCUGUUAGUUGUUUAAAACGUGCCAAUUAUUUAGCACCAUUUGAAUUAUAUAUAUUAUAUAAUUUGGCACUUGUACAUUUAUAUUUACAACAAAAUGCAUCAGCAGCAAUUUUUCUUCAAUCAGCAAUUCGAAUUAAUCGAAAACAUGCACCAAGUUAUGCAUUAUUAGGUGUGGCAUUAUCAAAACUUGAUGAACCAGAAAAUGCUUUACGUGCUUAUACAUAUUCUCUUAAACUUGAUCCAACAGAUCCAAUGGCUUUACUUAAUUAUGCUAUUUUUCAAAGUAAUACAGGUGUACCUAAAUCAAAAGUUGAUACUACUCUUCAACAAUUUUAUAAGAAUUAUACGGAACGAGCUACUUCAAUUAAUCAGCGUGAACUUGAUGAAUCCAUGUUAGAUAUUGCUAAAAGACUAGUUGCUCCAACUUCAGGAGUUCAACCACAAUCAACAUAUUCAUCACAACCACCACCACCACCACCACCUGUUCAAUAUGAACAAGAUGAUGUACCAGCAUCAUCAACAUCACUUUUUUCACCACGAAAACCACAUGAAGUAAAAUCAAAUGAUGAAGAUGCACCUGAAAAACCUGUCCAAGAGGUACCUUUAAUUAAAACAAAGAUUUUUGAUGAUGGACGUCAUAGACAGAGACGAACAAAACAAUUAUCUACUGCAUCAACGAAUGUUCAACCUGUGCAAAACGAAGAACAAGAUGAAUCUACAGUUUUCUAA